CAAACUAUACCGGCACGCCAUUAAAAAUAAAUUAUUACAGACCCAAAAAAAAGUUGAAAAUAAUUUUUUAAUAUCCGAAUUAUUUAACCCAGAAGAAAAGCAUGGAUCCGUGACUAACGGCCUCAAACGACAAACGGCAAAUUGAGCCGUCAAAAUCUCCGUCAACGAAAUUCAAAUCUAAAAUCCACAACGGCUCUCUGAAACCACCACCACCACACUCUGCUCCAACUUUUUCUCUCUACUUUCUCAUUCACAUAACUCUCAAAACAUUUUCAAUUUCGUGGUCGAUCCCUAAUGUCACGACGAGUUAUUUGAAAAUUUCUUGGAGUUUACGGUUUCUUGUCUCUCAAAUAGUUGGAUCGUCCACAAGAAAUCCUGCAAUUAAUAACAGAGAAAAACAAAAACUAUAUGUGUCUUGAAUCUGUUGUGAAGCAAAGGAAAUGGAAAGAGUCUGUGAAGAGCUUGAUGAAGCAAAAGCCGAGAUUGAAAAGCUCCGGGCAGAACACAAAAUAAAAACCCAACUGUCUGAGAGCUUGAAGAGAGCCCAUAACGAGCAACUCAUCAAAAUUCAAGAGGCAAAUGCAAAAAUUCAGAAGCAAGCACAAGAAAUCAGUGAGAAGGCAGAUGAAAUUUCCAUCACAAAGCAAAUGUACGAAGAGCUAAAGUCUAGUAUGAGUGAGAAAGUGGCUAUCAUAAAAAAUCUUAGCUCUGGAAAUAUCAAGCUUGGCAUCAAUUGUGACAAGAAGCUCAGGAAAUGGGAAGAAGAAAAAAGGGAGCUAGUAGCGGCUUUAGAUGUGGCUAAUUCAAAGAACAUGGAUCAGGGGCAAAAACUUCAUGCAUAUAAGGAAGAGCUUAAAGGGCUUAAAUCGCUCCUCUCUGCUUCAGAGGAGAAGUUUUUGGAAGCAGAGAAAAGAGCCAAAGAGUCCAAAGAACUGAGACACAGAGAUGAUAUGUUGCACAAAUUAGAGGAGGAAAACAGGAAGGUCCAAGAUCAACUCAAAUGGAAGAAAGAGCAGUUCAAACAUCUAGAAGAAGCCCAUGAAAAGCUUCGAGGACAGUUUAAAGCAAGUAAGAAAGAGUGGGAAACCGAGAAAUCUGCAUUGCUUGAUGAGAUUUCCGCCCUGCAAACAAAUUUAGAUUCUCAAACCAGAAUUGCAGAAGGUCUUCAAAGCCGAUUACAGAUGUGCAACCAAGCUCUAGCUCAUGAAGAGAGCCGAAGAAAGUGUCUGGAAGUUCAGCUUUCUGAAACUAAAACAUGCUUUGACAGUGUUCUUGUGGAGUGUGAGGAAGCAAAGUCGAAAAUCGAAUGCUUGACUGAUCAAAGGGACAAGGAUAUUGCGAGCCUGAGAGACUUGUUGGGCACAAAGGACAUGAUUCACAAAGAAAUGGAAUACCGAGUUGGAAGACUCGAGCAAGAGAAUCAGGAGCUGCGAUUAUCCGUUAAAGAAUUGCAGGAAGCUCAGAUUCAGGAGGCAGGAAGUUCUUCACUGUCAAAGUUACGGAACAAGCUCAAAAGGUUGGAGCACAUACACAAGGACUGUUCUAAAAAUCUCAGCGCCAAAGAAGAUGAAUGGAGCUCGAAAUUGGAAAAAAUGGAAGUGGACUUGACUCACUGCAGGUAUGAGUUAGAGAGAAAAGAUACAGUUAUAAAGGAACUCCAAACUGAGUUGGAAAGUUGUCAUUCUUCGAUCAUGCAUUUGGAGUUACAGAAUGAGGAGACCUCUCUCAUGUUAUUUGUGUUGAAAUCAGGAAUUUUGGAAGCUCGAUUAAAGCUUUCCAAUGAGAUGCGUGAUAUGGAUCUGAAAAACAGUGAGAGAGAAGAGGCGGUUUCUCUUCUUAAGAAACUGUUGGAGAUAAAGAGUGCUGCUCUUGUUGAAACCCAAAGAAAUAUUGAAGAAGAUCAUGAGAAGAUGGCAUCUCUGUCGAGGAAGCUUGAGUCCUUAAGUCUUAUAGAGCAACAGCAACUUCAAUUGCAAGAUGAGCUUGAGAGGCACAAGGAAAUGCUCAAGGAAUCAUCCGAAUGUCAACCUCACUUGACAGAGCAAGCUUUACUGAUGAAAAGUGACUCAGAAAACAGUGAGAGAGAAGAGAAGGUUUCACUUCUUAUGAAGCAGUUGGAGAUUAAGAGUGCUGCUCUUGUUGAAGCCCAAAGAACUAUUGAAGAAGACCAUGAGAAGAUGGCAUCUCUGUUGAGCAAGCUUGAGUCCUUAAGUCUUAUAGAGCAACAGCAACUUCAAUUGCAAGAUGAGCCUGAGAGGCACAAGGAAAGGCUCAAGGAAUCAUCCGAAUGUCAACUUCAUUUGAAAGAGCAAGCUUUGCUGAUGAAAAGUGACUCGGAAAACAGUGAGAGAGAAGAGAAGGUUUCACUUCUUAUGAAGCGGUUGGAGAUUAAGAGUGCUGCUCUUGUUGAAGCCCAAAGAACUAUUGAAGAAGACCAUGAGAAGAUGGCAUCUUUGUUGAGCAAGAUUGAGUCCUUAAGUCUUGUAGAGCGACAGCAACUUCAAUUGCAAGAUGAGCUUGAGAGGCACAAGGAAACGCUCAAGGAAUCAUCCGAAUGUCAACUUCACUUGAAAGAGCAAGCUUUGCUGAUGAAAAGUGACUCGGAAAACAGUGAGAGAGAAGAGAAGGUUUCACUUCUUAUGAAACAGUUGGAGAUUAAGAGUGCUGCUCUUGUUGAAGCCCAAAGAAAUAUUGAAGAAGAUCAUGAGAAGAUGGCAUCUUUGAUGAGCAAGAUUGAGUCCUCAAGUCUUAUAGAGCAACAGCAACUUCAAUUGCAAGAUGAGCUUGAGAGGCAAAAGGAAAUGCUCAAGGAAUCAUCCGUAUGUCAACUUCACUUGAAAGAGCAAGCUUUGCUGAUGAAAAGUGACUUGGAAAACAGUGAGAGAGAAGUGAAGGUUUCAUUUCUUAUGAAACAGUUGGAGAUUAAGAGUGCUGCUCUUGCUGAAGCCCAAAGAAAUAUUGAAGAAGAUCAUGAAAAGAUGGCAUUUUUGUUGAGCAAGAUUGAGUCCUUAAGGCUUAUAGAGCAACAGCAACUUCAAUUGCAAGAUGAGCUUGAGAGGCACAAGGAAAUGCUCAAGGAAUCAUCUGAAUGUCAACUUUGCUUGAAAGAGCAAGCUUUGUGGAUGAAAAGUGACUUGAAAAAGGUUCAUGAAGCCUUAAACAGAGCAAAUGAUGAACUGGCUGGGAAGUUUUGUGAAGGAAAUGAACUUGAAUUUGAAUUGCAGAUAUGGAAAUCCAUUGCUCAACGAUUUAAAGCUAACCUCGAAGAAAACCAGCGAAUGCGUAAAGAAGUAGAAGUUUCUCUUCUUGAAGAAGUGGAGAUUGAGGCCACUCUCAAACAAGAGAAAGAUAGUCUUGGCCAUGCACUUGAAGAGAAAGACAGAAGAAUAGAUGAUCUUCAGAGACAGCUUGUCUUCUUGGAUAAAAAACUCAAGAUUAGAGAAACAGGAAAAGAGAAGAAAAAGAUACCCAAUGGUCUCCAGAAAGAGAUAGAGUGUCUGGAGCAAGAGUCGAUGCAAAGAGAACUGGAAGGAGCGAUUCUUGCUCAUAUCAAUGCAGAGAGAAGCUAUGAACACGAGAAAGAUAAUUUUCUCAGGCUUGUAGAAGAGAGAGAUCAGAGAAUAGAUGAUCUCCAUCGACUUUUUAUGUCAAGUCCAACGACAUCUUUUUCGACACAGCUAGCAGAGAAGCAAGCAGAGCUUGAUCUGGUGCACGGAGCUUGGGAGAAGAUUGCAACAUCUGCAGUUCUGAAGGAGAUGGAAAUUCAAGAGAAAGCAUUGGUGUUGACAGAACUGGAAGAUGAUUUCAGUAACUUACAGAAGAAACUGGAGUCACACUUGUCUAGUUCAGAAGAGGAAGGAGAAGAGAUUGCAACUGAACUGAAAGCGAAACAGUUAGAAAUAAGGAAAUUGACAUCUGUAACCGACAAACUUGAAAGUGAAAACAGAAUUUUGGUUGAAGAUGUAAAGAAGUUACUGUCUAAUAGGGAUAGUUUGUUGGAUUUUAUGGGCAGUGUAACUGAGAAGGUAAGUCAGUUCUCUGUUGAAGACAAGCAGCUGAUGAGAGUUUGGGAAAGGAUUAUGCAGAAUUUUGAUAAUAAUGGAAGGGGGAUAGACUUGAAAGGCAAUAAUGAUGAUGACAAUCUCUUUGAUCCUUUAAAAGAGAACAUGAAUAUUCAUCACUCUUUGACAACAAAGAGAGUUGAAGCCACGACUGAUGAAAGAUCACCAUUGAGAGCUCUCAACAAUUAGAUGCAACUGAGAAAAAUAGCUAUUUUCUAUAUAGCUUGUAUUGUAUUAUGCUUCCUUGUAUACUUGGUUUGGAACAUCAGCAUUCUAUAUAUAUGAUUGAUUUACACAA